AUGUUAUUGAUGCCUCUAUAGAAAAUAAUGAAAAUGGAUUACAUAAUUAUUUAACGGCUCCAAAUAUUAAAAAUAAGGUAUUAGUUCUUAUAUAUAAAAGAUAAAGCAUCCCUUAUUUAUGGCACUUAAAUUUUCUAGAUAGUUUAAAUAUUUACUAUUAAGAUAAUUUAGAAACUGAUAAUUAUCUUAUUGAAUUGUUUUUUUAAAUCGCUGGCAAAAUGUAAAUAUGUUUUUUAGUCUAAUAAUAAUAGAAUUAAAAGGAAGGUAAUUUUUACUAUUCAAUUUUAGAUUGA